AUGAGUGCCGGCUCUCUCCCCCGUCAGGUCAGCACCAACAGUCGGGAGCGUUGGCGGCAGCAGAACGUUAACGGAGCGUUCAGCGACCUGCGGAGCCUCAUCCCAACCCACCCCCCCGACAGGAAGCUCAGCAAGAACGAGAUCCUGCGCCUCGCCCUGCGCUACAUCAGCUUCCUGGAGCAGGUGGUGAUGGAGCAGGACGGCCUCACCGUGGCCCCCAGGGGCCGGUCGGGCAGUGUGGAUCAGGACGACGAGCUGCAGGAGGCGUCGUCUCCGGACUCCAGCUGUGGGAGCUCUGCAGACGGUCUGAUGGAGGAGCAUGACUGUGGAGAGCUUCUGCAGUUCCUCCAGCCAUGGGUGGAGUAA